UUUUAGUCAAAUUGGGUAUUAUAACGUGCGCGCGCGGAAGAUAAAAAAAUGAAUUAACCAUGUAGAAUGAUUGUGAAAAUACAGUGCCUAACAUAUAUAUAUGAAGCACUUCUGUUAUUUAAACAGAAACAGCUGUUUUUUUAUCGGAAGCCUAUCGAAUUCUCACAGCCAAAGAGAAAUUGCAGUAUUGCAGUUUAGAUUUGCCUGUUUCGUGCUCGCAAGCAAAAAUAUAUAUGUAUAAUUAAAGCAAUGACUAGCAUAACAAAAGUUCGUCAAAAGUUGGCGAAAACAAAUGAUCCCCUGAUAGCAACUGAUAUGGAAAUCGGUCCCAUAAAAAUUGAGCAGGACUCCAGUUCAGAUGAUGAGAGCAACGAGGAGCCAGAGACGCCGGCGAAGAAAAGUCGAAUAUCCGAACAGCUAGAGCCAAAGACUGAAAAAAUAAAAAAACGUGGUAAAAACUUCUCGCCGGAGGAGGAGCUAACCCUGGUGGAGCUUGUCGAGGAGCGAAACGAUGUGUUGAACAACAAGAAAUCGGAUGCAUUUACGUGGAAGCACAAGGAAGAAGUCUGGGCAGAGCUAACAAAUAAUUUUGUGGCGAAGACCGGAGUCUUACGGGAAUGGCGACAACUGAGAGACAAAUAUCUGCAUAUGAAACGCAGAGCGAAAGUGGAGCUGGCCAAGGAGCGAGCGCACAGUCAGCGCGUGGGAGGGGAGCCCAUUACGCCCAUAGUUUCAACUGUUUCAGAAAAAAUUGUAGCCAUGAUCGGGGAUGCGGCACUGUGCUUGAAAAAAGCCAUGGAGACUGAUGGCUGUCAGCUGGAAAAUGAGCAGAGCUUUGAGGGCGAUGAGGAUAUGAUAUAUAAUUUCGUAGCAGGAGAUCAGGAUACUAAUGAUAUAACCGUAUCGGAGGAUGAUCUGACGAGCACGAGUUCGAAGUGGGCAACGAGUAAUACGGCUAAUACAACCGUACGGCUUCCAGUUCUCAAAAAUAAACUGCCCGAUAAAAUUCCUAGUCACAAAUCAAGUUUGGAUGAGGAGAAAUUAAAGCUGCUGCAGCUACAGCAAGAUUUCUGUAGAUGUGAGAAUGAACGCGCGCAGGAAAAACACGAUAUGGAAAUGCGUGAGAGGCGCAGCAAACUGGAGGACGAGGCUAGAGAACGUAAGCUGCGUAUUGAACUCUUGGAACUCGAAAUAAAACAGAAAAAAGCCAAACAAGAGCAAAACAGACAUAUAUUUAACUAGUUAUAUAUGAAACAAACAAGAAGACUUUAUAUGUGGCUGCACGAAACUGAAAUGUACAUUUAAAUAUAA